AUGGACGUUGAUGAGGAUGACGAUUUCUAUGCGCCGGAAGAUAGCGCGCAAGCAACCGAGCAGCAACACGCUGAGACAGCUCCACAAUCAGAGGCCAAACCGAAGCAGGAGGAUGAAGACCUAGAAGAAGGCGAGGAGGAAGAUGGAGCGGCGUCUGAGGGGAGUGAUGAUUCGGAUAUAGACAUUAUCACGGAGAGGAAGGAUGGCAGCAAACCUCCACCUACGUCUCAACCAAGAUACAACGAGAUCCGAAAUAUCCCCCAGAGAAACACCGCCAAUGAUACAACAGUCAAAGCACCCUCGGUCAAAAAGGAGGCAAAGGAUACCGCCUCGGGUUCCGGCACGGACUUACCAGGGAUCUCGACCUCCAAAAUCGAUGUGGAUGCGAAGCCCGUCUAUGAACCUGUCGGGAAGCCGAUCACACAAGUCAACAUUGAUGAAGAUUUAGCUGAAAACGACAAACCAUGGCGAAGACCAGGAACGGAUGUUAGCGACUACUUCAACUACGGAUUCGAUGAGUUCACAUGGGCAUUAUAUGCAAGCAAGCAGGAAACCUUGAGGUCAGAAUAUAACCAGGACAAGAUAGCACAGAAUAACAAAAAGAUGUUCGAGGAUAUGAACAUGAUGAUGGCGAUGGGAGGCUUCCCCGGAAUGCCAAACAUGCCCGCUACGGCGGGAGGAGCUCAGAUGCCUACAAUGGAGGGUAUGCCGCCUGAAAUGCAGGCUAUGAUGCAGCAGAUGAUGGCAUCAGGAAUGGAUCCGAGUCAAAUGGAUCCAGCAAUGUUUGCUGGCAUGCAGGCCAAUCAAAGCAAUGCGGGCGGAGCUGGAGGAACUCAGGGAGGCAACCAAGGCCAAGGGUUUGGCGGAGGACAAGGAGGUUUUGGACAGGGACAAAACCCAGCCAUGGGCUACGGCUUUGAGCAGGGCAGUAAUCGGGGAGGAGGGAACUUUGGCAGAGGACGAGGUGGCCGAAGGAACUGGUAA